UCAAUCAUAACUUGCGGUGAGCAAAUUAAAACGAUGACUCUUUCAAGUUCUAAGAUAUUUGGGCCCACAAAUGAGAGUCAAAGCUCAUGACUUGACUCAGAUGCUAUCUCUCUUUGUAGUUCCCAUUUAUAUAAAUGCUCGUCUCGAAGUUCAUUAGUAUUCACAGAAGAGAGAGAGAGAGAGAUGGAAGUGGAGAAGAUGAGUAUUAACAUGAAUUGCGCUAGUAAGCAUGAUGAUGAUGAUGAUGAUGUUCAGCUUCCUGGGUUUAGGUUUCAUCCCACAGACGAAGAACUUGUAGGGUUUUAUCUGCGUCGCAAGGUUGAGAAGAGACCAAUCAGUAUCGAGCUUAUCAAACAAGUUGAUAUCUACAAAUUCGACCCCUGGGAUCUUCCAAAGGCUAGUAAUGUGGGAGACAAGGAAUGGUACUUUUUCUGUAAAAGAGGAAGAAAAUACAGAAACAGCAUAAGACCUAAUAGAGUGACUGGGUCUGGGUUUUGGAAGGCAACCGGUAUCGACAGGCCUAUAUAUUCCAACGGUGGAGAAGGCCGAGAAUGCAUCGGACUCAAGAAAUCGUUGGUAUACUAUCGCGGGAGCGCCGGAAAGGGGACCAAAACUGAUUGGAUGAUGCAUGAGUUUCGCCUUCCGGCCGAACACGAUGACAAGAGUACCAAACACAUCGAUGUUAAGAACAUCGCUCAAGAAGCCGAAGUUUGGACACUAUGUAGGAUUUUAAAGCGAAACGUAUCCUACAGAAAGUGCAUACCAGAUUGGAGAGAACUCUCUGCCAAACGAAACCCUGUCGAUGCGAGUUCUAAAACCUGCAGCAUCGAUGAGUCAGACAGUCAUGAAGGCUUCAACAUCGACUUCAGAGCUCCGGUGAUUCGACAGAACGAGAAGAAGCUCUUUGCUAGCCAUUUGGGUGAAACAAACCAGAGGAUGGUAGGGCAGUUGAGCUCCAUAUCUCAUCAAACUCCGACCACCGGAACUUACUCGAGCUUUUACAGUCACGAUGUGAACGAGUUCAUCAAGUUUGGGGAUUGGGAUGAGCUCAGAUCAGUUGUGGAGUUUUCUGUUGAUCCAUUCCCCAUGUGAAUAGUUAAUACUUAGGUUUAGUGAUUGCAUAACAGAGAUCAUAUAAUUUUGGGACUUUUAUCAGACCGUUAAUUAUAUGGAAGUUUUUUUUUUUUUUUUCGCUACUGCUAUUGACUUGGGGUUUUUGGAGA